GAUUGGUAUAUAUAAGCGGGUAAACCUUCGCCACUGUUACAAAUUGUUUCUUAUCAACAGAUAACAUGAAGACCAUUGCAACGUUACUUUUAGUCACUUUCAUGGCUCUAUCCUGGAGUGGCGGGGAAGCCCAGAAUGGGAGUUGCGGUAAUUGUUCGAAUCAAGGGGAAAUCGUUUGUGGUCAUAAUCCUAUAAACAACGCAUAUGUAGAAUUCACAAACGUUUGUUACAUGAACCUAUACAAUUGUUUGACCGGAAACAGGUACCAUGUCGUCAGAGGUCGUUGUCCACCUGUAUCCCCGAGCUCUAAUGAAACAGACACCUCUCUGAUCGCCAGUGGUGAUGGUCAGGAACGGAUCAGAUUAUUUUGAAAACAAAUUUGGAUGAUACUUAAUACAUAUGUUCUAUAUGCAAUAAAUAAAAAUAUGUAUUAGUUAAUAAAUUAUUAAAUUUACGUAAAAUAGCUGUCAUAUUUAUGAAUUAUUUUUUAAAUAAGUAUGAACGCAAUAUAACGUUAUAUCAACGCUAUUUCAUGCAUUCGUGCAUUUAUAAAAAUUAUCUGUAGUUUGAUAACGACACUACGGAAGCUAUAACGUACUCCUACACGACAAAACUGCUGAAAUAACUGCUGCCAAAGUUUGGAAUUGCAGCAGCAUGCAGCCACUGUAUAACGUAAUAUUAAUAAAUUCGAAACUAAUUAAUUAAAAUCUUCUAAUCGUAUACUAA